CGUCGUGGAAGUAGUAGUAGUUUGUUAUCAAUCGUCAACUCGAGCGGCGAUCCGCACAUCAGAGUCUGCAGAGACUGUAAAACAUUGUUGAAUAAAAGGGAUCAACAAAUAGAAGACAUUAAUUCCAAACCCAUUUUAAGCCAAUUUUAUGACCGAAUGCGCGAACAAAUCAAAGACAUUGAAAGAUUGGCUCCACUUUUCUUCCAAAUGAAUGAUUCUUUGAGUUUGGGCGAAACUAACUAUAAUUUAACGGACGCUCAAGAAUUAAAACUCAAAUUAACAAAAUUAGCCGAAAAUGUCGAUAGUAUUAGCCGAAAGAUCGCAACUCACGGCACUCAAGAGGAGCGACCGCCGCACCCAAAGCAGCUUCAAUUGCAGAACUCUAUUCGUUCGUCGGUUACGCACUUCUUGAGGCAAACAAUGUUAGGAUUGCCAACACUUCCAACACCUGAUGAGCUGAAGAAACUUCAGGACCAAAGAAGAGCUGAAAUUGAGAAACGAAUUCAAUUCGAGAAACAAUUAGCACUCGAAGAGCAGAAAAAGUUCUCCGUUUCGCCCAAAAAGCAAAAC